UUUCCUGAAACUAGUGCAGCGUAAAUUUUGCAGCAAAACAGCCACACCAAAAACCACGGCAAACCGUGUACAUCGUUAAAGACUUUCAGCAUCAUCGCAAUAGCACUGAGCUCAACAUACGCUCGGCGAUGGAAACGCUCCAAAAGUAUCUGGGUCAGGUGAAGGUACCUUGUACCAACGACAACGUCUACAAGGAGGAAUGUGUUUACUCGUUUGACAAUCCGGAAUCGGAAACCGGACUGUACGUUAGUUUGGCUAGCUUUCUUGGAUUCGGCGAAGAGCAUGUCCGCCAGUACGCAGAACGCACCGGGAAUCGGGUGUUCGUGCACCUGAAGCGUGACAAAAUCGAAAUUACCGACCCGGAGGCGGCGGCCGGCGGCGGUGAGGGACCGGAGAAGAAGAUCACCCGGCUAGCGAUCGGUGUCGAGGGUGGCUACAAUGCGGCAGAUACCAAGAAGUACGACUACAAAGAGCACUACCAGGUGGUGGUGGUUGGCGAUCCGACCGUGCGGCUCGACUACCCCAACGCGGAGCUGCCCCUGUUGGUCCAGAACGCGGUCGAAGCGAUUCAGAAGGCCGAGGCGGCCUCGGUGAAGCGCGAGCGGGAACAGCUGGCCGGCACAUGGGACGGCGAGAUCCGGCAGGUGUCGCAGCACGCGCUCGAUCUGCUGCAGCUGGAUAAUGGCAAGAAAAUUCCACCGACCGGCUGGAAGUGCGAAAAGUGCGACCUCACCAGCAACCUCUGGCUGAACCUUACGGACGGUUCGAUCAUGUGCGGGCGGAAGUUUUUUGACGGCUCGGGUGGAAACGAUCACGCCGUGAAUCACUACAAGGAGACGAACUAUCCACUGGCGGUGAAGCUGGGAACGAUAACGGCCGACGGGAAGGGCGACGUGUACAGCUACAGCGAGGACGACAUGGUGGAGGAUCCGCAUCUGGUGAAACAUCUGGCACACUGGGGCAUCAAUGUGGGCCAGCUGGAGAAGACGGAGAAAUCGAUGAUCGAGCUGGAGCUGGAUCUGAACCAGCGGAUCGGUGAGUGGGGCCUGCUUUGCGAGAGUGCGAGCCAGCUAAAGCCGAUCGCCGGACCCGGGUAUACUGGCAUGAAGAAUCUAGGUAACACCUGCUAUCUGAACAGCGUCAUGCAGGUUAUGUUUACCAUUCCCGACUUCGUGAGGCGAUUCGUCGAAGGUUCGAAGGGAAUAUUCGAUAAUUUCCCCGCCGAUCCGGCUAACGAUUUCAACGUCCAGAUGGCUAAACUUGGCACUGGAUUGUGCAGCGGCCGGUACAGUGUGUUGUCGGAGAACAGCCUCGACACGUUGGACUCGUCCAGCGGUGGUAUCGCACCGACCAUGUUCAAGGCGUUGAUCGGUCAGGGCCAUCCGGAUUUCUCCACCAAACAGCAGCAAGACGCGCAGGAGUUCUUCCUCCAUCUGAUCAGCACGCUUGAGAAGCACAGCCGGCACCAGGCGAAUCCGGCCGAUGCACUACGCUUUUGCAUUGAAGAUCGCGUCGAGUGCUGCUCGAGCGGCAAGGUGAUGUACAAUCGGCGGGACGAAUGGUGCCUGCCGCUGCAAAUUCCGCUCCAGAAGGCGACCAACCUGGACGAGGUGAAGCAGUACGAGGCGGAGCGUGACGCGGCCGAAAAGGAGGGUCGCCGGGUCGACCCAGACAGUCUGGUGCGGCCAAAGAUUCCACUGUCCGCCUGUCUGGACACGUUCGCGCAGCCCGAGCUGGUCGAGCAGUUCUACAGUUCGGCCAUCGGGGCCAAAACCACCGCCAAGAAGACGACCAAACUCGCCUCGAUGCCGGACUAUCUGAUGUUGCAUUUGAAAAAGUUCACCCUAAAGGAAGACUGGACCUCGGUCAAGCUGGACGUGGCGAUCGAUAUCCCGGAGGUGCUCGAUCUGGAGACGCUGCGUGGCACCGGAAAGCAACCGCACGAGGAAGAACUGCCCGACAUUGCCGGACGUCCUCCCACGCCGCCUCCGAUGGAUCCGGAAGUGAUGGCCCAGCUGCUCGGCAUGGGCUUCCCGCCGGAAGCCUGCAAGCGAGCGAUUUUCUUCACGAAAAACUCUGGCAUUGAGCCCGCGACCCAGUGGAUGAUGGAGCACAUUGCCGAUGCGGACUUUGCGAGCCCGUUUGUGCCGCCCGGCACGGAAGGGAAGGCUGGUGGGGCCGCAGCCGCCUUCGUGCCCGAUCCGGUCGGGUUGGAAAUGCUCAUGGGAAUGGGUUUCACCGAUCGGCAGGCGUCGAAGGCGCUCAAGGAGACGGGUAACAAUACGGAGCGUGCAGUCGACUGGAUCUUCUCGCACACGGACGAGCUGGACAGUAUGGCGAUCGACGAUGCGACCUCCGACAGUGUCGCGACGGCGGCUGCCGCAGCAGCGACCGGUGGCGCGGCCUCCACAAGCAAUCAGGGACCCACCUAUCGUGACGGAACGGGCAAAUAUAAACUAGUUGCAUUCAUCUCCCACAUGGGCACCUCGGCACAGGUGGGCCACUACGUUUGCCACAUCUGCAAGGACGGCCAAUGGGUGAUCUUCAACGACAAUAAGGUGGCGAUCUCACAGAAUCCACCCAAAGAGCUGGGCUACCUGUACCUCUACCAGCGGGUCUAAAGCGGCUUCGUUUUGCGAAUGAUGAGGACGGACUCACGGCCGUUUGCUAUUGAUUUUUCUAACUCUCUCUUUACGCUUUCGAACUGCGCGAGGGCAGUAGUGAACUGUGAAGUAAAAACUGCGAUCACUCUUACGAUUGGAAUAAUAAAUACCCAUUUAAAGGA